AUGGGGACAUCUAGCUCAACGCUGGAGGUGGGGAAGGCACUACGCUCGCUGCUGACGGACGCCCCCGUGGACGAAGGCUUGAUUGCGUUGCUGCUAAGCACCGCUCUCUCCAACACAGAGGUGGAGCGCGCCCUCCCGUUUUCUACGCUAAGGCUGGUGCGGCACUACUACACGAAGAACUUUGCGCUACUCCUCUUCAAGUGCAUUGAGGCCAUCUCGCAGGCGCGCAGCGCCUCGCUUGAGCCUGUGGCCGACCUGCAGGCCGUGUCGCGGCGGCUUCUGACUGCGCUGUGCCUGCUGCGGCGACUGCUUCCUAUCGCGAUGGAGAGCGGGGACACACCGUGCGAUGAGGAGGAACCGGUCGCAGCUGAGACGCCCAACGCCAACGACGCUGUGACGGAUGUGGGUCCUCGCAGAACGGAGGCAGGCGGUAAAAGGCGGCGAACACGUUUUACCGCCUCUUUUGUGCGCUCCUUUUUUGAGGAAAACCUCGCCUGCGAUGAGGAGCAGCCGACGCAGCUGCUCCUUUUUCUCCCUGGCCAGAAUGCAACGCUGGGCAAAUUCUUGGGACGGCUGCUAGUAGACUGUUGUUUUAUUCGCGGCCUGACGCUGCCCACCGCUUUCGCCCCGGCAAAGCCAUGCGAGAGUCACCCCAGCGUGGAGGAGUCCCUUCUGUGGUACCCGGGCGUGGGUGGAAUGCGGGAGCAGAACACCGCCCCACAGGUGGUGGGCGCCACAACGCACGCCGUUCGGAAAGAGCUCCUCUACACACUCACUGUAGCUUUGGCCUUGCCACUGUUUUCUCCGCCGGCCACGCGCGACACCGUCUUUUCGGAGCCACUGCUUAACGUCGAUGAGACGCCGUUUCUCCCGACACUUGUCGCCUCCACGUUAAAUGCCAUUUUGUCGUACGUGCCUUUUGGUUCUAUGCCAUACACAAGCCAUUGGAUUGGGAACGAGGAGGAUGUGGUGUUGAUGUCUGCACGGUUUUUAUGUGCCAUGAUAUGUUAUCCAGGCGCCGCUGUUGAUGAUCCCGCGCAGGCUACAAACAUGACAGGACCUGCGGAGCAGGAGCACCGUGCGGCAGUCACGGCUGCGGAAACACAGGGAGACGCACAAGAGCCGCCCGUACUACAGCCGCCCAGCCCGCAGCCCAAAAAAAUCAUUCAUAGUGCAAGGGAACUCAUCUGUACACUGACGCCGGAGGAGGCGAAGUAUGUUGUGGUGCGACUAAAAAACAUCAUUGGUCUAAAGUUGUAUUCAAAUCGAACCUUUCUCCCCGAAUCGCAGCAUUGCUUCCUAACGCAGGAUGACUUCAUGAUGCUGCUCUGGCGGUUAGUUGAGCUCUCACCGCAGUGUCGGGUGGCCUUUGGGCAGCAGCCAGAGGCGAUGGAGUAUAUAGUGCCUCUGGUGGAUUACGCGCUCGACGCCAGGCGGGACCCAAAGUACUUCCCACACCUGCAGCUCGUCUUGUUUAUCUUACUGCGGCUCUCUGAACUGAGAACAUUUUGUCUGCAGUGCAACGCGGCCUUUCGUGAACGUCUUCCCUUUGAAUUUGAGUCCUUUGUGGGGUCCUACAAUGACCUACUUAUCAUCAUGCUCUGCUCCUUCAUGCUAUUUCGCCACGAGAUGAUAUGCCCCCUGCAUGUGACUUGCAGUUCAAUCAUAUCGAACCUCGCUUCUUUUAUUAGCGAUAUCAGCCCUGUCACUGCAGAGAGGCUGAGUCUUGUCUUUACUUCGGUGGCCACGCGGUGUCUCGCGUACGAGGCCUCCGCGGCGUCCAAUGCGGUCCUCGCCGACAACUCAGAGGUGACGGCCGACCAAGUUGUGAUGCUUGGCGUUGUGGGGGCCGUUGCAAGCGUGCUGCAGUACCACGAGCGGGCCGCGGCAACCCUCCUUGCCGCUUUUGUCAAGCGCAAGUCUUUGGUGAAGGAAGUAUCAGAGGUGUUCCUGGCGGAGGGGUGUAACAAAUUCCGGGUGCAGCUCACCUCGCCGUUCCUUAUAGACACCAUCAGGGACGCAAUCGCUGCAGUCGAAGAAGCUGUCGCCGCCGCGGAAGCUGCCGGCGUGGUAGACACCGCUGCCGUAAUACGCAACACGUCUCUUGUGGGCGCUCUGCCGACCCCACACCGCAUUGUUGUUAGACGGCUUUACUCCACAGAGUCAAUGGAGCAGUGGGCGAUGGCGACAGCCUGGUCGUCGUUGUACAUGUACGCCCCUCCUGGAACCUUCGGGGAAAGAAAAUCCGUCAAGAUGCUGCGCUUCGUUUAG